AUGCCGAAGUUUGGAUAUGUCAAACUCAUUUCCACCAGAUAUGUAGUUGCGCACCUGCAGCAGGAGCAAAUACAUGAGGUCGUGACUCGGCUCGCAAAGGGCGUGUCACCUGGGUCAAGAGUGUUUCUUGCUAAAUACCAACAAGGCCUAAAGGAAGUAAUGGGUGGUCUCACAGACGCUGAGAAAGAGGAGUAUAAAGGCUUGGCAGAGGAAUGGACGAAUGCCGUACCACCCCCUGACGUCCAAAGAAAACUCAAUUCGAAAGAUGGCCUGGGCAUGAUGAGAGAAAUGGAUAAAGUUAAGCAAUACCAGCUAGGAGUUUUCAGCUGGAGUUUGUAUUUGAACUACAUUAAAGAAUUUCAGCAGGGGCCUUCAGAUUCACCGGCACAACAUUGCUAUACCAGGCCGAGGCAGAAACGGAAGGCACCACAUUUUGACCUUGAUGGCGGCCUACCAGUGCUUCCUCUUGCGCCUGAGGAUAGAGCUGAAUCUGGCAAUCUACUUAAAUCCCUCAUCAGAGAAUUCAUGACCAUUCAUUAUCGUUUGGCUUCAGGCAAGCCAUCGGUGGUUGUUUCCUGGUUUUGUUUAGAUGAGCACAGGAACACGUUGUGGGAGAAAGAUAAGAAACUGUCCCCUGCCCUGUAUGACUUGUCUCAACAAGGCAGUACCCCUGUGCCCAGUCCAAGGAAUAUUGGUUCUAUGGCGGCUGUUGCCACUGCAGCACCCAAUGGGCGUGUUUCCUCAACUACUUCCUCUACGAUGCGACCAUCGUCCACCAGGCCUGGCCCGACCAUUUCCACUGCAGUGGCAGCUCUUGCCACUGCUGUGCCCAAUGGUGAAGACUAUACCACUGAUCCCACAACUGAAGAUGAGACAGUCAAAUGGUGCAAGGGUCCACAAAAGACCACCAGAAAUUUGGCAUUGGAAGAUGCCAUGGCCAGAAAUUCAGGGGAAGACGUCAUAGACGGCAGUGCACCAAUCCUGGCUCAAAAGGCUCGCCCCAAACCCAAACGAAUCACCAAACACCAGCAAGGAAACAUUGACGGGCUGGAAGAUGCCGCACACCCAAAUUCAAGAGUUGCAGCGCCAAACCUGCCUCACCCCAAACCCAAACCAAUCACCAAGCAGCCUCACCAAGAUCCGGCCUCUGUUGAAGAGCAAAGAAACAUUGAAGAUGCACUGUUUAUCCAAAAGUCCACAAGACCCCAACAAGAAAAGGUCAGGGAGGCACCACCUGCACAACUACAUUUGGAAAAAGAUGCAUUGAAACAAAAGGGCACCAAAAAGGCCGCCACUGACAUUACAAAUGCAGCAAGUAGAAACUGA